UAUCAUCAUGUAUGGUGUGAUCGUGUUUAUCAUAUUUUUAUUCAUUGGAUCGAUUUCAACAAUGAUGAAUAGAGACGCACUGCAUUUGCAUUGUCUUUUUUCAAGAUAUAUGUUCAGAUUUUUCGAGCUGAACGAGAGAAAUUUUGUGCUUAAUUACUAUAAAAACAACGAAGCGAUUUUCGAUGAUAAUAAUGUCAGAACCUAUGGUAAGAUUCUUCAGAGCCACAAAUAUAUUGUGUUGGCCAUGCUUGACGAGUUGAGAAACAUAAAUAGUAAAAUGUAUCCUUCGGAUUUGAUGAUGGUUAAUUUGUAUUUAAACAACAUAACAGGUAGUCUGAACGUGUACAGCCCUUGCAAUCCAAACGAAGGCGAGAAUGUAAAAAAAUAUGACAAAUUUAGCUUGAGAUCAGGGUAUGUAGUCAAUCAUAAAAUGAUAACUGCUACUCUUUUAAAUUUUAUUUACCCUUCUUGUCGUCGUUUUCUGUUUACUUUCCAUAAGCUAAACCCACGGUUUGUACCGUUACGACGUUUAGUUAUACAUUUGUCCAAACUUCUAGUAGAAACCGAUAUUGAAAAGAUACAGCCAUUUUUAAAUGGAAUGAUCUUAGAAGUCGAUGAGAUAUUCCAGCAGACUUUAAAUGAGAAAAAAUUUGAGGAUUUCCUUCCAAAACAUAUGCUGUUUUAUGAUACGAUGUCCGGAUUGUGUAAACGGACCGAUGCGGAAUCAGCAAGUACUUCAGUUAUUGAUGAUGUGUUAAACCUUAUGUGUGAUGUUGUUGUGAAUUCGCAUGUCAAUAAUCAAACUACUGAACAUACCGUUGGUGAUUUAUUGGAUUAUGAGAUAUUGAAUUUCGAUGGUAAUUUCUUGAAAUCUUAUCAACAACAGGUAUUAGCGGCCACAAUACAUCCCUUGUUCAUUUGUGUGCAUAUGUACGUCAAACAAUUCAAUCUAAAAUUUGAUUACGAUAGAAAAAUGAUAACUAAACUAGGUAAUAAAUUGUUGAAAGUCAUUUAUCUUGAUUUAAACCUAGACAUUUAUCCCCAAAAAGUGAAAACGCAUGUAUACAGAAUAGCGGACAAACUAAAAAUAAUUGUAAAUCAUGUAAACUAUAGUAAAUUGAAGACAAAAAACCCCAAUUUAUUAUCAUGCGUUUUAAAUUUAUGUUCAAAACCUAUGUUAUUGAAUCGGUUGAAAUUCGAAAGUCAAGAGAAUGUGAUCGCAGCUUGGUCGGAUGUUGAACAAAUGAUUGUUAAACUCGAAGAUUUCGUUUACCGCGUUUUAAUAUUACAUGAAAACUCAUUUUUGAUUGUAAAAAGAACCAUCGAUCACAGGAAUAUGUUUAGAAAAAUGCCACGGGAUUGCUUUCAGUCGGUCGUAGUUGGAAGUUUGAUUAUAAAUGAUAAUGAAGACUGGUAUUGUCGCCGCUCAAAUCGACUAAUUGAAAUACUUGAUGGUUAUUUAUCAGAUAUUAAUAAUAAAUCGACAACGCGAAUUGAACAUGACAAUUAUACAAUGGAUGAAAUUCAAGAAAUAAUUGAAAAUGAAACGUCUAGUUCAAACUUUAAAUCCAAAAGCAAAUACCUGGAAAGCAAUAAAAUGUCUUCAGGUGAAGUUGGGAGUUCCCGUUACGAGAAACCAACCUUGGUCGAUUGCCGCCGCCGCUCAAAUCGAGAAGUUGAAAUACACGAUGAUUAUUUUUCAGAUAUUGAUAAUAAAUCGACAACGCAAUCUGAAUAUGGCUGUUAUACAAGUGAUGAAAUUCAAGAAAUAAAAAAAGAACAAGAAAACUUAAUGAAAAUAAUCGAUAGUUGUUUAUUAGAUCAAAAAAAAAAAAAGAUAGCGCGAAAUGAGCAUGACAAUUCAACGAAUGAAAUUAAAGAAUUAAAUAAAAAUAAAGCGUCUAGUUUGAACUUUAAAUCCAAUAACAAAUCCAUUGAAAGUAAUAAAAUGUCUUCAGGUGAAGUAGGGAGAACCCAUUACGAGAAACCAAACUUGGACGAUUACAGUUAUAAGUUAAAAGGUAAAAACAAAAUAGAUGAUACCGAUUGCGAAAGUGAUAGUACGGUUUAGUCCAAGGGUAGCUCCGAUCAAGACAUUAUAGACCUACACUAGAAACCAAACUUGGACGGUUACAGUUAUAAGUUUAAGGAUAAAAAUAAAAACAUUGAGUGAUUGCGAAAGCCGAAGCAGCUAAAUAAAAAAAACCCACUAAAAU